UAAUCGGUAGUCAGCAGGAAGUGUAGCUUUUAUGGCCUUUCCAGUGUAUUUUUUUUUUCUUCAUUAAAAAAAGGCCCGUCCAAUAAAACUUGUGGGGCGGAUCGGGUCCGUGGUAUACAGCGGCGUUCGGCUGAAGCGAACCAGCACGAAUCCUGUUACUGAAGUGUCACUGACGUAGCCGCCAUCUGCUCUUCUAAGUCAUACUUCCGCUCUUCAAUUAUUAUUCCUAUCUGGGAUUCAGCAGUGCAUGUGUGUCUCUCUGACAGAUUGUUGUGUUUGCUGGAGUUUAAAGCCCCAGCAGUCAGCGUGGUGGUGGGUUCUGCCCAGUAUCCCAGGUCCUUUUGAUCCCAUUCCCUCCCCCUACGGCACACGUCUGGUACGUACAUGCUGGGGGUAGCUACUCAGGCCCAGAUGCAGUGCUUGUUGUCUCCUCCCAAGUGUUUUAUUUCUCUCAUCAUACUCUGUAUAUGUGUGCAGUGAAACACUCCAGUGUUCAUGCCUCUGAUUUGUUUGUGUCAGUGUCCUAGUAAAGAGCCUUUCAGACGCCCUGCCCGGUGUCUUGCCCUGAAGGACUUGCCUCUCUCCUACACACUGCCAUGAUCAGCAUCAGCCCUAUAGACCAACAGGGCCACAUGGCACCUUGGCACACUCAGGGGUAAAGCAGGGCAUUCUGGGAAUUCUGCUUCCUUGGUUUCGCCCAAGACCGCUGCCCUGUUCCUGCUCUUUAAAACACACACAGACACACACAUACUGGUUUUUAAUUAUAUCUUUGUGUGGACUAUCCUUACAUUUCUAUGGGGAAAACUCUAAUCACAACAUAACGACCUUAACCCCUACCUUAACUAUAAGUAACCAAACGAAAUGAAAGACUUUUGGUAUAUUUAGUUACAGAUUUUUUUUAAAAAUUGGGUUUCCCUUUGUGGGGACCAAAAAAAUGGUCACAUCAUCAAAAAAAUUAUCACCAGUUUGUGUAUAUGUGUGUGUGUGUGUGUACAAUACACAGAAACGCACGUGUUUAUCCUUGAAAGAAAUCCCUCAUAAAGAACUACAAUAGAUCUUAGAAUCUUCAAUAGACCUUCUGCCCCUCUGCAGCCUUGUCAGGUUUUCUGCAUCACACAUGCUCUUCUUCCUCAUGCUCUUUGACAGCAUACUGUCACCUUUUUUCACAAAGAACUUAACACCAACUUACCAUGACGGUCUUGUUUGCCGUGUUCCCUGGUAAGUUCCAGAGCUUUAUCUCUUUGCCACAGUUAAGAAUGCCGGCUUUGCCCAUCCAGACCAAACCCUUAAAGGCCCUUGCAGCGUGGCAAUCAUGAAAGGUUACACAGCGACACCUGGAAGAGCUCUGAUUGGGGUCGUCCAUGAACUUGUCAUUCUUGCUCACAUUUCUCUGUAAUCUUCUCUCUUGUGGGUUCUGGUUCUGUCCCACUGAGACAUUUGCCUUUUUCACUUCUCUGUGGGAUUUCUUAUAAGCAGCUGAGUGUCUGCCACCACUAGGCAGACCUAACAUGAACUUUAUCUUCACAAGGAGCCCAGCAUGAUCCCUGCGACCGUGAAGGUUGUCAUUGACGACGGUGUCGUCUCCUGUCAGUGUGGCCUUCGAUUUUCCCCUGCGGCUGAUGUCUGGCUGGUAUAACUGCUUUUCCUGCUCUGUGCGGGGUAUGAUAGCUGCAGCAUUUCCCCAUGCCAGCCAUGCUCCCCCCGCCAAUGACAGCCAAUCUCACAACCCCCCUUUUAAUGACGGGCCUAAAGUGCACAGGCUGUUUCGGUGCAGCCUGUGUGAUUGGCAGGGACUAUGCCAGGAGAUGGUCAGGCCUCGAUCUGCCUGAGCUGAACCCCUCAGCUCAACUCAGCCAUGAGAGCUAUUUAUAGACGGCGUACCCGCGGCGUAAAACCAGAAAUAAUCUGGAUACACAGCCUGGAGAUGCCGUCCGCUCUAACACAACGCCUCGCAUGCAUAUUAAGCUUGCAUACGUGGGUUUGUGAGUAAUCCAGUGGCAGGCGUGGUCUCUGUCCUGCUUGAUCAGCUGUGUCACUGGCGUUUCCUGUUUCAUGUGAGUAACUGUCCGUCCUCCUGUCCUUUGGGAAGCAUGCAGGAUCUGCCGCAUGCCGAUCGCGUUGCAUCUUGAGUAAGGGGGCAGACUGUGCAGCCACCACCGCUCCAAGAGGAUGCGACUGCUUGCAGCUCCGUCUCCCUGGAGCUGCAUUGCAGAAGUGAUGCGGGAGGGAGUGUGUUUCGGGCAGCGUGAGACUAUUAGGGCUAGAGGAGCACCAGGGUACCGACUUGUAAGGGAGACCUUUCGCUGUCGUGACAUUCGCAGCACCCCAGUGGGUGUCUGAGGACGUCCUCUGGAUCGCUGCUGAUCCCUUUCCCUGCGGGAAUACACUGCGGAUUUGUGUGUGGCUUGUGUAGUGGAUGCGGUCCGAUGCACCGUGACCCCAUCAGCUGAAGAAAACCCAACGUUCAGAGAUAGUGCAGCGAUGGAGGAGACGGUAAUAUGGGAGCAGCACACAGUGACGCUUCAAAGGGCCCCGGGCUUCGGAUUUGGUAUCGCCAUUUCCGGGGGUCGGGACAACCCUCACUUUCAGAGUGGAGAGACCUCCAUCGUCAUCUCCGACGUGCUUAAAGGGGGCCCAGCCGAGGGCCUCUUGCAGGAGAAUGACAGAGUCGUGAUGGUCAAUGCUGUCUCCAUGGACAAUGUGGAUCAUGCUUAUGCUGUGCAACAGCUGCGAAAGAGUGGAAAGAGUGCCAAAAUUACGAUCAGGCGCAAGCGGAAGGUGCAGAUCCCGGUGGCGCGGCACGGGGAGAGGGAGACCAUGUCCGAGCAGGAGGAUGACGAGGAUAGCUGCGAGGAUGAGAUGUACGAGAGACGUGCGGAUUCCGGCGCCUACGCUGGGGCGGCUGCAGGGGCGACGGCGGCAACGGUGGGGACCACUGGCAGCCGGCGGAGCGAGCGCAGCAUCAGCCGGCGGGACCGGAGUGCAUCGCGAGAGAGGAGCCUCUCGCCGCGCUCAGACCGCCGCUCCCAGUCUUCAAACCAGGCUGUGCGUCCCGCCAGGGUGACCCUUGUCAAGUCCCGUAAGAAUGAAGAAUAUGGUUUACGCCUGGCCAGUCACAUCUUCGUGAAGGACAUCUCUCCUGAGAGCCUGGCAGCGCGGGACGGCAACAUCCAGGAGGGUGACGUGGUGCUGAAGAUUAACGGAACAGUGACCGAAAACCUGUCCCUCAUAGAUGCUAAGAAGCUUAUCGAGAGGUCAAAGGGCAAGCUGAAAAUGGUGGUGCAGCGGGAUGAGAGGGCAACUCUGCUUAACAUCCCUGCUGUAGACGACAGCAUUCCAUCUGCCAAUGCGUCUGACAGAGACGAUAUCUCAGAAAUUCAUUCCCUGACAUCAGACCAUUCCAACCACGAUCGAAACCGCAGCGCUCGCUCGCGCUCCCCCGACCGGCGCUCUGAGCCCUCCGAGUUGUCCAGACACUCCCCUCAGCUGGUCAGCAACGGCAGCCACAGGAGUCGUGAGGAGGAGCGGAUUUCCAAGCCGGGGGCCGUGUCGACGCCCGUCAAGUUGGCCGAGGAGGUUCCCGUAACUGACCAACCAGUGCCGAUUGACGAAAAACUGAUUCCCCCGCUGCCAGAGCCCAAGCCAGUGUACGCCCAGCCAGGACAGCCUGAUGUGGACCUGCCCGUCAGCCCCUCCGACGCCCCCGUACCCAGCGCCGCUCACGACGACAGCAUCCUCAGGCCAAGCAUGAAGCUGGUGAAGUUUAAGAAAGGAGAGAGUGUGGGUCUGCGCCUGGCCGGGGGCAACGAUGUGGGCAUCUUCGUCGCUGGCGUGCUGGAGGACAGCCCCGCUGCCAAGGAGGGCCUGGAGGAGGGGGAUCAGAUUCUCAGGGUAAACAAUGUUGAUUUCGCCAACAUCAUCCGAGAGGAAGCGGUGCUCUUCCUCCUUGAUCUUCCAAAGGGUGAAGAAAUCACUAUUCUGGCCCAGAAGAAGAAGGACGUAUACAGACGCAUUGUGGAGUCGGACGUCGGUGACUCGUUCUACAUCCGCACCCACUUCGAGUAUGAGAAGGAGUCCCCCUAUGGGCUGAGCUUCAACAAGGGCGAGGUCUUCCGCGUGGUGGACACCCUCUACAACGGCAAGCUGGGCUCCUGGCUGGCCAUCCGCAUCGGCAAGAACCACCAGGAGGUGGAGAGAGGCAUCAUCCCCAACAAAAACAGGGCAGAGCAGCUAUCCAGCGUGCAGUACACUCUCCCCAAGACCGCAGGGGGCGACCGCGCUGACUUCUGGAGAUUCAGAGGCCUGCGCAGCUCGAAGCGCAACCUGCGGAAGAGCCGGGAGGACCUGUCAGCCCAGCCUGUCCAGACCAAGUUCCCCGCUUAUGAGAGAGUGGUACUGAGGGAAGCUGGGUUCCUCCGGCCUGUGGUGAUCUUCGGGCCCAUCGCCGAUGUCGCUCGGGAGAGACUGGCUAGGGAAGAGCCGGACGUCUUUGAGCUGGCGAAGAGCGAGCCCAGAGAUGCUGGAACGGACUCGCGCAACUCUGGAAUCAUCCGCCUGCACACCAUCAAGCAGAUCAUUGACCGGGAUAAACACGCAGUGCUGGACAUCACGCCUAACGCGGUGGACCGCCUGAACUACGCGCAGUGGUACCCCAUCGUGGUCUUCCUGAACCCCGACAGCAAGCAGGGCGUGAAGAACAUGAGGGUGCGCUUGUGCCCCGAGUCCAGGAAGAGCGCCAGGAAGCUGUAUGAGCGGGCGCUCAAGCUGAGGAAGAACAACCAGCACCUCUUCACCAGCACCAUCAACAUGAACAGCAUGAAUGAAGGCUGGUACGGCGCGCUGAAGGACACGGUCCAGCAGCAGCAGAACCAGCUGGUCUGGGUGUCAGAGGGCAAGGCGGACGGUGCCCCCGACGACGACCUGGACCUCCAUGAUGACCGGCUGUCCUACCUGUCGGCGCCGGGCAGUGAGUACUCCAUGUACAGCACGGACAGCCGGCACACCUCCGAUUACGAGGACACGGACACAGAGGGGGGCGCCUACACGGACCAGGAGCUGGACGAAACGCUCAAUGACGAGGUGGGCCUUCCCAGCGAGCCUGCCAUCACCCGCUCGUCGGAACCUGUGAGAGAAGAUCUGCCCGUAAUCCAGGAGCCUCCCGGAUACGCUGGGUACCAGCACACUGUGCAGCCCGAGCCUCUGGACCGGAUAGAACCCGCCGGAUUCAAGACACCGGCGGCUCAGCAGAAAGCAGAGGCUGCUCCCGCCAUGCCUUGCCUCCCCCAGCAGCCUGAGCCCAUGGCUGUGACAGCGCCCCCUGCUGUCGAGAACAAGCCUGUACAUGUAGCUGGUUUGAACCUUGAGGAGCCCCCUCCAGCUGCCCCGGGCAGCCACAGCCCCCAGGCUGCCCUGCUUAGGAGGCCCACCCCUGACCUAGCUCAGCCCCCGACACUCGACCCCAACCAAUCUGGACUGCCCAAUUCAGAACCAAAGAUGUACAAGAAGGAUCUCUACGGCCUGGAGGAGCCGGUGCGGCUGAACCAGGGCCCCAAGCAGUCCCAGCCGCAGCCUGCGGGGGGCCCACCUGCCAGCUAUGAGUCCCAGCCACCGUACCAGGACAAACAGCCAUACCGCGAUUAUGAUUCUUACCGCUACGAAGGGGGAGGUUACCUGGAGCCGAAGGGGCGUGGCUUCGACUCGCUGGAGAACCGCACGCCGGCUUACAGUGAACAGUGGCCCCCCUACGAACAGCAGCAGCCUGGACCCCAGAUGCCAGGUUAUGCGACGACCCGCCGGCCCCAGGAGAACCAGCACCCUGCUGGCUACGAGUCGCGCCGGCCGUACGAGGACAGGCCUGAUAGGGACUUCAGCCCCACACGGCAGCGGUAUGAGGAGCCCCCGCUGGGUUAUGAUGGGCAGGCACACUAUGAGCCCUUCACCAAGGGCCAGACGGGCCCCACGCGCUACGACGACCCCCCCCAGAGGCCCCUCGCGGCCUACGAUGUGCGCCCUCACUUUGAAGCCGAGCCUUACGCCUUCCCCCCGCCUGCCUCACUCUCUCCGGAGCCCCCCAAGCAGUCCUACGGAGAACCGGCCACACGGCAACCCUACAGCCAAGGCCCCCUGACCCCUGGCUACAAACCGGGCCAGUUUGAACCCACUCUGAACUCGGACGCUGCCAUGACCCCUCCGAAACCAGAGGCCCAGACCCCCCAAGGGGAACCAGUCAUCACCACAGCCCCCAAGCCACUGCCGCCCCCCCCCAGAGAGAACCUGCAGGAUGACCCUGCCAUGAAACCCCAGUCUGUCCUCACCAGGGUCAAGAUGUUUGAGAAUAAGCGUUCUGCGUCUGUGGACCGGGCCAAAGAGGCGAGCGACCCAGCAGGUCUCAGGCUUGGGGACAUGCCCUCCAAAUCCAUCAUGGCCCCCGGCUCUGUUCCCAAAGCCAACUCCCUCAGCCAGCUAGACCAGGAAAAGACCAACCACAGGUCGCCUUCUCCCCGACUCAGAGCUCCCGAGCCACAGAAACCCCAGCCCAAGCCUGCCGACGAGCUGGUGCGCGCCAACAGCUACGACCCCGACGACGACGAGGAGUACUACAGGAAGCAGCUGUCCUUCUUCGACCGGCGCAGCUUUGACAGCAAGGCUCCGCCCCCAGUGGCCCCCACCACCAAUCGCCUGCCAGAACUUGGCAAGCCUGCGCAGCUGCUCACGCAGCAGCCUUACGGAUACUCCAGGGUGGAUCCUGUGGAGAAGGUGAGUCCUGCUGAGAAGAGAUACGAGCCUGCAGCUGCGCCCAGCCCAGCCUCCGCACCCCCCACACUCCCCAAACCAAUCCCCCCUGAACUGAACCCCCCCGGAUCUCCAAAAGCCAAGCCUGAGCUGACGGGCCUGAGACCCGUUAACCGUGAAGACACGGUCCAGGCCACCUUCCUGCCCCAGAAGAGCUUCCCAGAGAGAUCCCCAGUAAAUGGCACAGAACAGGCACCCAAGCCAACAACCAACUACAACCGCUAUGUCCCCAAGCCGUACACGACCUCCGCCCGGCCCUUCGAGCGCAAGUUCGAGAGUCCCAAGUUCAAUCACAACCUGCUGCCCAAUGAAACCCAGCCCAAGGCAGAGCUUGGCUCCAAGGGUCCGGGGCCAACCAACAGCAUCACCAAGCCCCCGGGCUCAACCCAGCCAGCCGACCAGGACAGUGGCCUGGACACUUUCCCACGCACCAUGGACAACAGGCCCAAGUACCAGCAGAAUAACAUCAACGCCGUGCCCAAAGCCAUCCCCGUCAGCCCCAGUGCACUGGAGGAUGAGGAGGAUGAUGAGGGACACACAGUGGUGGCCACAGCACGGGGCAUCUUCAAUAGCAAUGGCGGAGUGUUGAGCUCUAUCGAGACGGGGGUCAGCAUCAUUAUACCCCAGGGUGCCAUCCCUGAGGGUGUGGAGCAGGAGAUCUAUUUCAAAGUGUGCAGGGACAACAGCAUCCUGCCACCCCUCGACAAGGAGAAAGGCGAGACCCUGCUGAGCCCUCUGGUGAUGUGCGGCCCUCAUGGACUCAAGUUCCAGAAGCCCGUGGAGCUCCGCUUACCUCACUGUGCGUCCAUGACCCCCGACGGUUGGUCUUUUGCUCUAAAAUCCUCCGACUCCUCGUCGGGUGACCCCAAGAGCUGGCAGAACAAGUCGCUCCCAGGAGAUCCCAACUACCUGGUGGGCGCCAACUGCGUGUCUGUGCUCAUCGACCACUUCUGAGGGGCAUGCAGCUGGCCUGCAGCGAAAGCGAGAAGCGGGGACUGGCUGGGCAGCUCCCCUCACAGGAGGGGGCGGGGGGGCACAUGGCUGCCCACCCGAGAAGUAUUAACCCCUUGUGCCCUGGACGUUUACUGUAACUGCAAAGCAUAAGGAAGAUGGACAGUGUCCUCUUAAGUGCUGUUCUGUUUGCGUGUUCUUUUCCAUUAUUAGGUGCUUAAAGGCUUUCGAAAACACAAACUCCUGAACUGUUGUUGGAAUGCAUGCCCAGUGCCACUAACUGAUGAAACACAAUUAAAGCCAAGUUUCCUAGUCUCUACUUCAGAAGGAGGAAAAAACACUCUUUGGAGGAUUUUCCACAAAUGAGAAUAUAUAGAAAGAUGAGCGGGUGUGUGGAUGUCUGUGAUGGUGUGUGUGUGUGUGCGUCGGCACACUGACAGACAGUGGAUAUUGCAGUAGCAGCAGAGGUAAAUGACAGUGAUGCAGAGAGUCGGUGUUCGUAAAUGGCUGUUGGAUGGACAGGUGUGUGCUGUGGGCUUUGUGAUGGCUUUUCCAAAUACCGUGCCUGAGGCGCGCGGCGCUCCCGCCCGUGAUAGAGAGGUGAACUGAAGGUGUGAUUUCCUGAGCUUGUAUCUGUAACAGCGCCACUCUCUCCUGCUCCAUUUUUAGUCAUAUAUUUUUGACACUUCUACCUUGGGUAAACACACAGGGAUGCAUUUUCAUUUUUUUGAGCACCAGACCUCUCCCGCUGUCUCCGUCUCUGCUGGGCUGGGCUCCAGGUCUGCUUCCCACCCUGCUGUCUGUCACCCAGUCAGUCUCACACCACCGCGGGCAGCGAUGCCUCGUCUGCAUCUCUAUUACGCUCAGACCUUAGCUUCCUGUUUAAGUUCUCAAAGACCAGGACGUGACGCCGUCCUCACCACGCCGGCCACCCGCCAUGUGAGCAAACCUCGAUUCGGCACACGCCUGCAGUCGGGGAUGAAGGAGAAGGUUCCGUUUUUUUUCCUGCUAUGCACAUGAAGUGGUGAACAGAGAACAGAGAACUUUAACAGCGUGAAGGUGUGGCUGUAUAUAAUGCUAGCAUAUGGCGUCUGGUCUUGGUUUGUAAAUGAACUUUUUGUAUGUCUGUUAUUUUGUAUAAAACUGAACUUAAAAAAAAGGUUUCUAAAAAAAUAUAUAUAUAUAUAAUAACAGUUCUCUUUGUAUUCUGAACUUUGAGCCUUGGAACUUGCAACUUAGCAGUAAGGACCCAACUUUUCUACAAAUAUCUAUAUAUAUAUAUAUAUAUACACACACUGCAUAUAAACAUUUUUAUUGGUCACAAAAUCUUUUUAUGCUUAUUUACAAAAUAAAACUGUGCUUGGUUGAAAUAAUUUAAAAAUCUGUACUUUAAGGGGUCCGCUUUGGAGAAAGUGUGCCGCCCCUUUUUGUGAUACUGGAUGCUGUAUAGUGUGCCCUGAAAAUGUAUUUUUGUACUAAUAGACAAUUUAUUACGGCACACUGCUAUUUUGUUUAGAUAUAACACUGCUUAAGUUGGCUUUUCUUCAUGUGUGGCAAUUUUUCUCUUUUUCGCUUUAGUUUUUUUCUUUGCAGCGCAUUUCUACGUGUAUCACUGUAUCAAUUAAUAAAUCAUUUUUAAAGUAACAAAA